AUUUUCAAGAUUAUGCGUUGACAUUGCAAUGAGUUGUUUCAUAAUAUGACUAUGAAUAAUUUAUUUUAUAUUACAGGUGUUUUAUAUGUAUUAGGCCAUCAGAUUUUAGCAUGGAGUGAUUUCUUCACAGAAUCCUAGUCCAACUAUAACUUCUUUUUUUUUUUUUCUGUCGAAAGUCCAACUAUAACUUAAUCUCGGAUUUCAUAUCCAAAUAGGAUGCAAAGAUCAGGACAGAACCAAGUCGUAUUUGACUUCUGAUUUCUAUCUCUGCAUGGACUUCGUAUGACCAUAAAUAGAUGCAAUUGUUUUCACUCUAGUUUGCCAAAGCCAGCAAUAGUUGAAACUCUUUAUUCUCUACAGCCAUGGCUUCCUCCAAGCUUCUUUUCCCUUUGCUUCUCUGUUCCGUUUUCCUUUUUCUUCUUCUGCCUAUAUCUAAUGCUCAUCUUCUCAAGGCUUGUGAGUUUGAGGCCAUAUACAACCUUGGGGAUUCAAUUUCUGACACUGGCAAUUUGAUCCAAGAGGACCCUGCUUCUGUUUUUUCUAGACUUCCCUAUGGCCAAAACCUGUACAGGAAUCCAACUGGUAGAUGCUCCAAUGGCUUGCUCAUUAUUGAUUUCAUUGCAAAAUCAGCUGGUAUUCCACUUCUUGAAGCAUAUUUGAAUGCUAGUUCCAGCAAGACACAUGGCGUGAAUUUUGCAGUUGCUGGCUCUACUGCAUUGCCUGUGGAAUUUCUUGCAGAAAAAGGAGUGAUUGCCCCUGUCACCAAUAGUUCUCUUACCAAACAACUCAACUGGAUGCAUACCCAUUUCAAUACAACCUGCCAUAGUUCCAAAGAGAAACAUAAGAGAUCUUUGUUCAUGGUUGGGGAGAUUGGAGGCAAUGAUUAUAACUAUGCUUUCUUUCAAGGCAAGAGUAUUGAUGAGUUGAAGUCCAUGGUAUCUGAUGUUGUUAAAGCUAUCAAAGAAGCUGUUAUGAGGGUUAUUGGAUUUGGUGCUGCUCGGGUUAUUGUUCCUGGGAAUUUUCCAAUCGGUUGCAUGCCCAUAUAUCUUAGUGGAUUUCACUCCAAUGAUUCUAGUGAAUAUGAUGAAUUUCAUUGCCUCAAAGGACUGAAUAACUUUGCAAUGUAUCACAAUGAGCAACUCCAGCAAGCAAUUAAAGAAUUGCAAGAAGAGAAUCCAAAAGUGAAUAUAGUAUAUGGGGAUUACUACAAUGCCUACAAGUGGAUUUUGAGUAAAGCUGCAUUGCUUGGGUUUGAUCCAAAAUCACUGCAAAAGGCUUGUUGUGGGAGUGGAGGUGAUUAUGAUUUUAGUCUUAAUAGAAUGUGUGGGGCUCCUAACGUACCAGUUUGUCAUACACCUCAAGAACAUAUCAGUUGGGAUGGAGUACAUUCAACUGAAAAGGCCUAUUUCUUCAUGGCUCGAUGGAUCAUUCGCAACAUCUUCCAAAAGCUUAAGUGCAUAGCUUGA